AUGAGUGACCUAGAUCGGGCGAUCGAGCAGCUGCGGGCCUGCCGCCUGAUCCCCGAAUCGCAAGUCCGCGAGCUCUGUUACAAGGCGCGCGAGCUCCUAAUCGAAGAAGGCAAUGUCGUCUCCGUAGACGCCCCAGUCACAAUCUGCGGCGAUAUUCAUGGCCAAUUUCACGAUUUGAUGGAACUCUUCCGCGUCGGCGGCGAUGUACCCGACACAAAUUACCUGUUCAUGGGCGACUUCGUCGACCGCGGCUUCUAUUCACUUGAAUCCUUCCUCCUUCUCCUCUGUCUCAAAGUGCGAUAUCCAGAUCGCAUAACCCUUAUCCGCGGAAACCAUGAGUCGCGCCAGAUCACCACCGUCUACGGCUUCUACGAUGAGUGUAUCCGCAAGUAUGGCAGCGCUAACGUCUGGCGCUACUGCUGCGAAGUGUUCGAUUAUUUGGCGCUGGGUGCGAUCGUCCUCGGCGCCAGCUCUGAACUGGAACCGACUGGUCCUUCUUUGUCCGAAACUACACAUUCUACGAUGUCGUUUGAUGACGGCGAGCUGAAGACGGAGGUGCUUAACUCCCAUGGAGAGGUUACCAUGAGCAGCUAUCGUCCGCGUAUGCGUUCUUCUUCCGAUACUUCCACAGACUCACGCAUCUCCCCACCGCGUGAUAUAUCUGCUGGUCCGAGUCAAACGGGUCCCCCGGCACGUACUGGAGCUCCAGGAACCGGUGCAAGUGGAGAUGGGAACGGUAGUUUGGGCAAUAGUCGCACGGGUGCUGUUCUCUGUGUACACGGCGGAUUAUCGCCACUCAUCGAUUCUGUAGACAAGAUUCGCUUGAUAGACAGGAAACAAGAGGUUCCGCAUGAAGGUGCCAUGUGUGAUCUCCUUUGGUCAGACCCCGACGAGAUCGAAGGGUGGGGGCUGAGUCCCCGUGGCGCCGGAUUCCUUUUCGGCGGCGAUAUAGUGAAACAGUUCAACCAUCUCAAUGGCUUGUCUUUGGUUGCAAGAGCUCACCAGCUUGUUAUGGAGGGCUACAAGGAGAUGUUCGAUGGUGGCAUUGUCACUGUGUGGUCUGCUCCGAACUACUGUUACCGCUGUGGUAAUGUUGCUGCCAUAUUGGAGCUGGGCGAAGACGCCAGCAACGGCGGAACAAUUGCACGCAGUAACGGAGAAUAUGGCCGGAGCAACGGGGUUAUGGGUGCUGAUAUGACUACUGUUGUUAGUCCUGGGAGAAGAUACCGCGUUUUCGAGGCCGCGGCCCAGGAUACAAGGGGUAUGCCUGCGAAAAAGCCCGUCGCUGAUUAUUUCCUGUGA